AUGGAGAUCACGACUAUUUUGAACAGAAAGAAUUCUGCUGCCGUGGCCGCCGCAGAAGCAGCACAGCUCCAGCAACAAUUUGUACAGGCACAGUUCGAUCCGACUCCCAAGAUGAAAUCGGAACCCGGCGCUGCAGAAGCUGGAGAGCACCAGGUUCUUUCAUACCCCCCUCAUCCUCCACCGCUCGGCCAGAUGAACAUGCACCCCGAUAUGCGAUACCAAACACAUCCUGCUGGGUUACCUCUCAUGCAGAAUGCCUAUGUCCCUGCGGCAUAUCCAGGCAGUGCGCCGAUGCCAAAUGGCGGUGUUCCUCAGACAAGGACAGGCGGAGAUCCUCCGCCCAAGACUUUCCACUGCUCAACUUGCAGUAAGGGAUUUGCCCGACGCAGUGACCUUGCACGGCAUGAGCGGAUUCACACAGGCAUCAGACCCCACGCUUGCGAUUGGCCCGGGUGCGGGAAGCAGUUCAUCCAACGUUCUGCCCUGACCGUGCACUCUCGUGUCCACACAGGAGAAAAGCCACACAUGUGCGAGCGAUGUGGCAAGCCUUUCAGCGAUUCAUCCUCAUUGGCUAGACAUCGCCGUAUCCACUCUGGCAAGCGCCCCUACAAAUGUCCUUACGCCAACUGCCAAAAGACCUUCACUCGCCGCACUACGUUGACACGCCACCAAAAUCACCACACGGGGACUAUUGAGGAGGCAGCCGCCGAAACGGAGGCCAACUUGAGACAAAAUAAGGAUAGAGCCAGAGUGCCUGGUGAUGGGAUCUUUUCGGAACACGCUUCUGUUCACUCCACGCCGUCUCCUGCACAGCAUGCGGCCAUCUCGCCUGCCGGUGACCUUCCUCCGUUGAAUAUCCAUCGCUCCACUGGCGAUUACUACAUGGGUAGCGGCUCUAUCCCACCUCAUGUGCGAGGGGACUUUUCUCAACCCAGCCCGCGGGCUUCUCCCACAGCCACUUCUCCUUCUCUUUCGAGCUUUGGCAGCGCGCCACAUGUUCGACCCUCUAUGACAUCACACCCCUCCGGCUAUGGUCCUCCUCAACCUCUUGAGCCACCUGCCAACACCGACCAUCGGCCCAACAGUGUCAAUGGCAGCCCGCACAUGACAAGUAUGGGUUGGGCAUCACCUUCGCACGGUAGCAUCCCAUCCCCCGGUUCUGCAGGUGACUUUGGAUAUCCCGAACCCGCCCCGGCAUAUGCCAGCGCCAUGCCUCCUCACAUGUAUUUCCCGAACUCGACCAUUCGACGACCUACCAGCACUGAACCUGAAAACUAUGAAACGAGGCCGAAAUUCGAUAGCGUAUGGUCUACACCGGUUUAG